UUUCUUUUGUUGUCAGGAGUACUGGUUCUGGUUAAUGAUUCGUGAACUUUAUGCUUAUUAACAUACAGUAAUGUUUGUUUGACUUGGAAAGCUUACAGAUCUGAGCGCUAUAUAAAGUAUAGCCAGAGUUGUACUGAGCAGCUUGCUUGAUCAGACUUAAUUAUCCUGUUGCUGUUGCUGUUGCUUUUUCACAAUUACAAUAAGUAAUGUCUUGCAGUUUCACCUUUUAAAAGCAAGAUGGUUAGUGGAAAAAACAGCGAAAUAAGACGUUCUCUGCUGACACCUGGGGUGAGUCAGGCGCCAACCAAAACUCCUUUGGCUUUUGAUGAAACACCCACAGUCAUCAAACGUCUGAUAAAUUCGAAAAGAAAUCAUGUAGAGCCUAACAAAAAUCUGAAAACUAUCAAAAACUACGGAACACAUUACAAAGAAGAGAAAUCCCCCGAAGUGCCAUGUUUUGUUUCUUCAACGGCUGCAACCGACUUCAAAACGGAAUCACCAAAGGAUGGAAGUAAGGUCACUUUCAAUCCUAUGGAGGAGGACAUCAAAACCAAGAGAAGAUUUUCUGUGCCCGAAGAAGCCAUCUCCUUUGUCCCCAAAUCCAUUCUCAAGAAGCGAAGCUCCAUAUGCCUGGGAGGACUCACUGGACAAGUUAAUCGGAAAGUGGACUUCGCUCCUGGGGCUUCCGCUUUCUGUGAAAGUGCUGAGGCGUUUGCCUUGGGCAAAUGCUCUUGCGAGCAAGACCGCAUUAGAGCACCGCGAAAGAGCCAAGAACGAAAAGCUGAAAUAACAGGGAGCGAUGAAUUUACCAGGAUAUUACUAGAAAUGAAAAACGAAAAAGUUUGUGAUUCAUUAAAAAAUACGAACGAUAGCUGAAACACUAAUAAAACUAAAGAUGACUGCUUUAAGAUAUACAGUACAAAGUGCAUAUUAUGCGCAAGAACAGAUCGCGAACUAGACAUAUUUUCCAGGUUAUCUGAAAUGAGGGGGGAGUGGUCUUUAAAAAAACCUUAAAAAUAAGAAAUGUCAUUGAAACACAAAGCAGUUCAUUAUUAUUACUGUUGUUGUUGUGUUCACAGAAAUACCAGUAUAAUGUGUUGUCUUUGCCAGUUUAGCUCGGGUUGCC